AUGCAUACUGCUUUCUCCAUGAUAGAGCUUGGUUCCAUUUCAUAUUUUUUAGGCAUUUCUGUUCAACCAUGCGCCAAGGGUUAUUUUCUGUCACAAUCCAAGUAUGCUCAAGAAAUUCUUAUUAAGUCUGGUCUAGUUGAUUGCAAGCCUUGCUUGUCUCCUUCAGCUACAAAAACCAUAUCUCCAAUGAAUGCUUCUGCUCUUUUUGCUUAUCCUGCUCUUUAUAGAAGCAUUGUUGGAGCAUUGUUGCUUCAUUAUCUAAAAGGCACUCUUGAUCAUGGUUUGAUCUUUCAACCAUCUUCUUUUCUUCUUCAAGCCUUCUCUGAUUCAGAUUGGGCUGGUGACUGUGAAGACAGAAAAUCUACAUCUGGUUAUUGUGUCUUUCUUGGAGAUAAUCUCAUUUCCUGGUCUGCAAAGAAACAAACUACUGUUUCUCGAUCAUCCACCAAAGCAGAGUAUUGUUCCUUGGCACACACAGCUGCAGAACUAAGUUGGCUUCAGAUGCUGCUUCAUGAAUUACAUAUUUCAGUUCCUUCUAUUCCUGUUCUUUGGUAUGAUAACACUUCAGCUUUGGCUCUUGCUAUCAAUCCUGUUUUUCAUGCCAGAUCAAAGCAUAUAGAGGUUGAUUGUCAUUAUGUACGUGAUAGGGUUGCUGCCAAAGCUCUUGCGCUGCAUUACGUGCCUACCUCAGACCAAUUAGCUGAUGUGUUUACUAAAGCAUUAUCCAUUGCACAUUUUCAGUUUCUUAAGGGCAAACUUCUGGUGAUUUCAUCUCCCAUUCGUUUGAGGGGGAAUGAUAAAAGUAUUGAGACUCAUCAGCAGCAAGUGCAACAGGACUCUCGUGCACCUCACUCACACUCAAACACUUCCUCCAUUAAUCUGAGUUUAGGAGUUGGUUAG